AAAAAUUCGUUGUCACGGGAACAAGUUGCGUAGGUAUUUUCUCAAUUAAAUCCAUUUUGUAAUUUAUUUUAAUGAAAAAUGCCGAAAACUAUAAAGAAUCUGCAUGAAGGCAUUAAGUAUCACAAAAUCCGAAAAGGGAGUGAGCCUGGCUGUUACCAGUUACACAGACCGUCGCAAUGUCGCCUCAAGUUCCCAAUAACCAACCGGCCGAUCCACAAAUGCGAGGAGUCGGAACACAAGUACACCAUGGUCCCGCAGACCGAUGGCUGGCGGCCACUGCUGAUUCCCAAGGUCGAGCCGAACUUCUACCCCGCUGUGAUGAAGAAGAACGAGUACGAGCGGUUGAAAAAGCAAGCUAGAAUAGUAACCCAAGAGGAACAGAUCCAAGCAAUGCAAGCACAAGAAGCGGCAAUACAAAAAGCUGCAAAAGAAUCUGAAGAAAGGAAACAGAGGUUAAAAGAACAGCUCAAACCUCAACCUGGUGCUGAAGCGGCAUCGGGCACCGCUGAUCCGGAGUUGGAGGGACCAGACCAGGCUGCUCAUACGCUGUCGAGAGCUGAAAUACUCCGCGCUAACAACAUGCAAGGCCCCAGGCUCUGUAACCGCAUCAUCCUCGCGUCCAAGUGCCACGCCAUCCGUGACGCGCAGAUCUCUGAGAAGGACCUCAUCAAGAAGGAACUUGAUGAAGAAGAGAAGAGACUAGACGCAAUAAUGGAGGAGAACCGUCAAGCGGCAGUGCGUCGCGCCGAGGAGGAAGAGGAACGAAGACACCAGCUCCGGCUGCAGAACCUGUCUGCGCUGAAGGAACAAAUCAAAGCUCAUGAGACUGCCAAGAUAAUGGAAGCGGAGCGCAUAGAAGAGGAGAGCAUCAGAGUGAACCAGGCCAACAUCGCGGUGCAGAUCGACGAAGCACAGAAAUUGAAAGAGAAACAUGGCCGACAGGCGAAGCUCAAGGAAAUGUUGGAUCAAGGUAAUGCCGAACUACUGUACUACAAGCAAAUUCAGAAUGAGGAGGAGCGCAUCAUGGAUCUGCGCAUAUCCAACUUCCUCAAGCAGAAGCAGGAGCGGGAAGCCAGGAACAGAGCUGAGGCGGAGGCCAUCAAAGUUGCCAAGCAGAAAGGCAUCGAUCACAUCGCUAAAGCACAAAAGGCAGAACAAGAGCUGAAGGAGGAGUUAGAACGCAUUCGCAACUUGAAGAUCCAAGAGGACGUGGAACGUGAAUACCGUCGCAAGGAGCGCGAGGCGGCCAUCAAGCGCAACAACGAGAUGAAGAGGCUGCACGAGGCCAGGGUGCAGCAGAUAAACGAUAUUCACCGUCUAAUUGCCAGAGAAAUAGCGAAAGAUGAGCAGAGCUUCAACAACGCAGCACGUCAGAACGAAGAGUUUAUCCGUAAAGAGAAAGAGCUCGUUGAGAAACACAAGGCGCGUGUAGAACAACAUCGCCAAGAAAUCAUGAAACAAAUCAACGACAAGGAACGCGCUCGGGCGGAACUUCGUGAGAAGAUUCACAACGAAGGUGUGGCGCUGCGCAUGGAACAAGAACAGCAAGAAAAAUAUGAGAGAAGAGUUAUCAAACAGAAGGUGGCUGACAUGAGACAGCAAAAAGUUGCAGAGAAGUAUGUGAAAGAAGUAGAGCAAUCGCUCGGAAAACAUGGCUACUAGGUUUGCACAUUAUCAUUAAAAUCGACUCAGUAAUUUCCAAAAUGUUUUUAACAUUUUAAAAAUCGCGAAUAAAAUUUCGUCAAAAUGAAUGUAAUGCUUUGAAUUUUGCUUGUCGUCUUGUAGCAUGAUUAGUGAAUUAAAAUGCAAUAAAAAAAUUAAGACUGAA